AUGAAUCCAGCCGAUAGAGAAGAUCGCCAUCGCUUGUGGCAAAUUAGCAUCCAAAGGCCAGCUCGCUUGAGUCGAGGAGAUCUUGCGGCAUCGCCGUGGAGCUCUUGCUUAGAUCACACCGCGCAGCGAUCGAUUGACGCUCGAUUUGAAUCGAGGACAGAUCUAGGAAGAGCCCUAGUUCUAGUCAGACCGUUGGUAUUAGGGCCACGUUGGCAGCCGCAGUCGUGGCAAGAUUAUGAGCGUCCGUGCCAGGGCAUCGACGGCUUUCGUGUACAGUUGUGGAUUUUCUUCGUGUAUGGUUCCCAUUUUAGGGUUUGUGGGCAAGGGCGCUUCUUCCCGCUGCCAGUAGUGCUUCUUUUGCUGGAUCCCAUAGCUGCGCUCAUCUCGCAUGGACUGCCGGCGCGGCCGGGCAUUGUCGCCAUGAAUCGACUCAGGAUCUUUUCAGGGCGGCGCCGAGGCUUGGACUUGAUGUCGAGCCCUGAUUCUGUGAGUUCGUCGUCGUUGAAAGGGCCUGGCUAUGCCUCAACCAGCGCGGCGAUUGUUAUCCUCGACGACGAUGACGAUGUCCAAGUCUGUUCGCCCAGAUCGUUUGCUCAGGCCGUGGGCGAUGAAAAUCAUACCGAGGAAGACCUUCUACAGCUGCGAUUGGGAUUUUCCGGGUCGAAGCCUCCACGAAAAUCGAGAAAGCUACAAUCUAGAGCUCGACAGCAGCAGCAGCAGCCACAACAACAACAACAACAACAACAACAACAACGACACAGAUCAAAGCGUGUCCAUCCCACAACGAUCGAUCUCACCGCGGAAGAUUGCGAGGUUGUGUACGAGAGACCCCAGAAGAAGAAGAUGGCUGCUCCAGCGCCUCCUCCGGCCAAGGAACCAUCGCUCACUUGCGGCAUUUGCUUCGACACGAUGAAGAACGAGACGUCCACGGUUUGUGGGCAUUUGUUCUGCGGGAGUUGCAUUCUAUCCGCCAUCCAGGCCCAGAAGAGGUGCCCGACUUGCCGGAGAAAACUCACCAAUUCGAUGGUCCAUCGGAUCUAUAUCUCUGGAAAUUCCACUGGCUAAGAACCAGCCCAAAUUUCUCACGCUCAAGCUUUUCCAUAGGUUGUACAGAUUUUUACAUAGAAAAUUUCUGGUACGUGGAGGGCUGGCUGCCCUACGUGGCACUAA